AAUGAUGAUACCACAUUUCUUGUACAUUUUUCCAAAUCUUUUACUUUGCAUCCAUCAAGCUACUCAAGCAAACUUGUUGAAUUUAGCAAGAGGUAAGUUAUCCUUUCAGAGCUCUACAUAUGGAGGCGUUACAGCACCCAUGGAACCUGGUUUUGCUAUUGAUAGUAAUGUUGGUGUUUUACUUACAAAUGAAAACAAUAAUUGCUCAAGAACAAGUAAACAUAGUUCAGAAAAGUCUUGGUGGUCAGUUGAUCUUGAACAAAUUUAUAGUAUUACCGAAGUAUGUCUUCUCAACGUAAAUGACAAUAUCUACGACAGACUUCAGCAAUUUCAUAUUCUUCUUGGGAAAUUUCCAAAUAAUGAGAAUAGCAUAUGUAAAUUCGUGACUGAUCCAGUGAAAAGACCAACUUCAACAGAUUCUUCUCAGUACAGCUGUUAUUCUUGCAAUCCUGAUUCUAUAGGCUCUUUUCUUACAAUAAGAUUGAUAGCUGUUGAUAUAGAGUUGAUACUAUGCGAUGUAAAUGUUAGAGGAAAGUUAAUCAAUGACAAAAGAGAAACUCCACAUUCAUUUAAACAUUACAUCACUCAAGCAACAUUGAAUGACGUUUCUCUAUCGACAAACCAAUUAGAUUUAUUAAAGGAUGAUGUUUACUAUAUUAAUGAUAAUGAUGGACAAAUAUCUUUGGCGUCAAACGAUGUACUCGUUCUCACUACAAAGCUUGUUCAUAUUAAUUCACUGUGUCUAAGAGUGUUUCAUGGAACAAAUUCGAAACCUGGAAUUUUAAUUAAAAUUACUAAUUUUCUAACUGGAACAAUAACCUCAAAAGAGAUACCUGGCGAUUUUAAACAUUCGCACACAGUUUGUGUCCAAUUCGGCUUUCUCCUGACAAAAAACAUAAAAAUAGAAUCGCCAGAUAGUCGAGGUUUGGCAGAAGUUGAUCUAAUUGCAGUUUCAUCUUUAACACAGAAAAGUUAG